GAACACCCACAUUACAAGGUUUCUUGAGUUUACUGUAAAGUUUAGACAAAAUGUACAUGUAAUGAUGUUUUAUAAAAUUAUUAUUUAAGACCCCAUUUAAUCUCAAUAUUCCUUACACCCUGGCUGGUACUGCUUCUGCGUGCGACCAACGAUACUAACAAGGGCAGCAUCCGCUCUCUGUGCCCCCAAAAUAUCUCGAUAAACUUUUGUAAAUUUACGGGAAUGAAUUAUUUCUCAUUUCAGGAAUUCUUAUACGCCCCCAACGUCAUAGAUUACAUAUCAACGUUAACACUAUACAUGUCGAUAAAGAUUCUGAUACUAGUUGGGGGACAACGUUUCCAUAACGAGGCCGAUAUACUGAAUCAGAACCUGGCUAAGCUUCACAACUUACUCAUAACAAGGCCUGAGUGCGCUCGGUCGGCGCGCGCGCUGAGUCGGCGGCUGCACGCGGCGCCGCUGCGCGUGCGACUGCAGCGCGCGCUGCCGGUGCGCGCUGAGCUACUUACCGACAUGUUCGCUGUCGUCCUCAACUACACCAUCAUACUGUUACAGUUUAACCAUGUUAUUUAAUGUUGGUCUUUUAUUAACCUCUCGUAUGCUGAGACACGGGUCCAUGCAUGGGAAUUCAAAGCUAUUGUUUUAAAUGUCAAAGUCACUUUUUCAAUGAUCAAUUCUGACACGAGGCAUACAAGGGGUAAACUGAUUGUACUCGAGGAAGAAUUUCAAAUACGAUGUUCUACUUAUAAAUCUGUAGUAACUUAUAAAAAUUAAAUUGAAAGCAAACCUGAUGUCGCAAUGAAAUUAAAUGGUUACAAAGUUGUUUGUUAUUAUC